GUUUGUUGUGUUUUGUUUGUUUUUUGGUCCAUUGAUGCACCUGAGCAUUGUGUUUGGGUGUUUCAAGCAGGAUGCCUUUCAUCCGCAGCUACUUCGGCUUGCUUUAGCAGCUACUUCUCUGUCUCGCUUCUCCAAGUGUCUCGUCUCACCAUGCAAGCCUUUGAACCACGCUUGAAGCCUUUAACAAGCGUCUUCGUGGACUCCGAGGACCCAAGCACGUGCGUCGGGCGAGAAGAAAGGGGUCAGAAGAGGACCUGGUCAGCGACUGGGAGCGACGACGGGACGACGCGAUAGGGGGUGAUGUCAGCAUGGCGUCCUCCGGGGUGAUGUCAGGAGCUCUAUGGGGUGAUGUCCUUAGUCUUUGUUUAACUAAGUAAAAGGUGGCGAGGUGUCCCAUGUUAAAACAAGAAAAAGCACGACACCAUUCAGAGUUGGAAUUUUUCGAUUUCGUGUUUUUCGCUUUGUUUCACGUCUUCCAGGAGUUUUAAAUGGCUGGACAUGUUGUUUCCCUUCUUGCUCGAGAUCAUCGGGAUUAUUCUUUUGCAAAGACUGCGGCACAGCACGAAACACAUCAUUUGAACUUUGAACUUCGAACAAAUAUCCUGCCCAAGCUGCGCCGCAGCGCAAGCUUCCCAGGGUACGUGCCAUACCAGUAUGCGGAGGAUGCGAAAGCAGCAGUCCUCUUGAGCGAACACUCGGGCAGCGAGCAAACCGAGCACACCCAGGAGCCUGACAGCCAAGAUGGGAACGAAGAACCUUGGCCAGACACCGAUUCUGAACCCGAGUGUGCGACUCUUUGCUUGCCGCUUCUGCCACCAUCCCAGGAAAGCUUCGCCAGGAAAACGCCCGGUGCACAGGUGCACAUGGAAGGUUCGUUGCCGAGGCGGUGUGCACCUCCUGUGGAAUGUCAGGCAGAAUGGCAGUGCUACCAUGGUAGCUGUGGACAUGGUGCGACUGGGAGGUCCAGCCAAACGGAGAACAAGAAACCUCCACAGGUUCGACAGGCAAUGAAGACGGGGAAUGCGGCAUUGCAGAGGGCUCGAGCGAUGAUGCCGGCGGUGAAUCUGCAACCCCGGAUGUGCUACCGGUGAGGUCGAGCUGCCGCAGCAUGUGGCCAUCCCAGGUGGAUGCCGAAGUGAUGAUGGCUGAUGCCAAAUGGGAUGGCAUAGUUGUUUAGGAGACCCAACACUUGCAGUGUAUUUGUUUUCUUUUUUCCGCUGUGUUUCAUUGGAAGAUGACGGGCUUUCAUUUGUGUUAAUGACCAACGCUUGGUUUUCAGGUGCUGUUCGUCCAGGUCACGACAGAAUUUCAAAUUAUCUCACGUUUGAUGGCUAAGGGGGUUGGUUUCUGGACCGCUGCAAGCUACGUUGUGGAGGAAGCCCUUCUUGUGGGCACACAAUACGAUGACGAUGUCUGACAUGCAAGAAUUCUUCCCACCCUGCUUGUCAAAUCUCAGACGCUACUAGGAGCGAAGGGCAUCGCUUCUAGGAGCAAGGACGCUAC